GUUAGUGUUGCCAGGAACUGUUGCUAGCUUCACACAGCCAGUUGUAGUAAUGGCAGUGAACCCUUCUCGAGUGUUUGCGGCUGUAAUCCCGGUUGGGGAUGUUUACAGGGAUGAAAACGAAGGGAUGAUUCGGACCGUUCGGAGGAAUACUGAGCAGACCCCGACACGUGAGGUUCAGGUAACCGGCAACGCAGAGCUUUCCUCUGGCCCAAACAGAGCUCGGCUGUGCCUGCAGGUCAGCAGCAGAAAAGAUUCGGUAACCGAGGCAAAGAAUAGCGUCUCCAGAAGACUGGAUUAUAUUCUUCAAUCACUUAGACAACAAGGAGUAAAGGAAGAAAAUGUUACUGUAACCAAAGAUAUUCGAAGAGCUGAAAAUGCUUACUACAUGGAAGCAGAGGUCUGUGUUACCUUCUCCGACUUUGUAAAGAUGCAGAAUAUUAGCAACUUCCUGGUUGAAAAGCUCGAUAGCUCUGUCACUGUCAGUGCUCCUCAAUUUUAUCACACUACAGAGAAUCUAGAAAGCAUCAGGCGUCAGGUUUGCCUUGUUGCUGUGGGGAAUGCGCGACACAAAGCGAAAGAGGUUUGUCGUCUGGUUGGGCAGUCUUUAGGGAGACCUUUAGUUAUAAAGGAAGAGGAAACCAAAGAAUGGGAGGGUCAGUCUGAAGAGACAGAAGACCAGUCAGGAGGUUCCAGUCAACCGACUGUAAACCAGAAAAUAAAGAAUGCAACUGUAUUUGUUUCAUCAAGAAUCUUUGCUUCAUUUGAGAUUAAGGCAAAAGGAAAGAAAAACAGUUAGUUUACA